CUCAACAUUUCCAGGCGGCACUAUGGAGACUGUUGUGAAGUUGCAGCAUAGCAAUUGCAACAUAUCUUCAAACCAAUGGAGCUUCAAACACAACAACACCCUCUUCCUCUUCCCCAAAACCCAAACCCCAAAACCCUCCACCAAAACCACUACUCUUUUCCUUUGCCAUGCCCACCACUACUUCUCACCUACACCACCACUACCACCACACAAGGCUACUUCUCCCACAAAACACACCACCCACCAUGAUAACAACAAGCUCAGAGCCUUGCUGGAGACUCUCAUGGAGAAGGAGAAUGACUGUUGCCCUUUGCAGCUGCUUAGAGAUGAUGGAGAUUGGACCACAGACCACUUCUGGGCUGUCAUCAGAUUCCUCAUACAUGAUUCCAGGCCCAUGGAAAUCUUGCAGUUGUUUGAUGUAUGGAGGAACAUUGAGAAAUCACGAAUUGAUGAAAUCAACUACUGCAAGAUGAUAGGAUUGCUAGUUGAGGAGGACCUGAUUGAAGAGGCAGUAGUGUGCUUUCAGGAUAUGAAGAGUCAUGAUCUUGGGAUGUCUGUAGAAAUAUACAAUUCGAUUGUUCAUGGUCUUUCAAGAAAUGGAAAAUUUGAUGAUGCCAUGCUCUUAAUUAACGAGAUGAAAGAAAUGAACCUGGCACCAGAUGCUGAUACUUAUGAUGGGCUAAUUGAAGCUUAUGGGAAAUAUAAAAUGUAUGAUGAGAUGGGUAUGUGCCUGAAGAAGAUGAGAUUAAAUGGCUGUUCGCCGGACCACAUUACCUAUAAUUUACUUAUUCGAGAGUUUGCACGUGGAGGGUUACUGAAUAGGAUGGAAAGAGUAUAUCAAUCCAUGGUUUCGAAAAGAAUGGAUUUGCAGGCUCCUACUUUAAUUGCAAUGCUGGAAGUUUAUGCAAAAUUUGGGAUCUUGGAGAAGAUGGAAGUGUUUUAUAGGAGAGCUCUGAACUCAAGAGCAAUUUUAAAGGAUGAUUUGAUCAGGAAAGUCGCAGAAGUUUAUAUUGAGAACUAUAAGUUUUCCAGUCUAGAAAACUUGGGAAUUGAUCUUUCUCCAAAAUAUGGUCAGACUGAUCUCAUUUGGUGUUUGCAUCUCCUAUCUCAUGCUGCUCUUUUGAGUCGAAGAGGUAUGGAUUCCAUCGUACUAGAAAUGGAAGACAAAGGUGUCCCAUGGAAUGCAACUGUGGUAAACAUAAUAAUGCUAGCUUAUUUGAAGAUGAAAGAUUUCACUCGCCUUAGAAUAUUGUUCUCCCGAUCACUGACCCGUGGUGUGGAUCCUGAUAUUAUCACAGUUGGAAUACUGUUUGAUGCAACCAAAAUUGGCUAUGAUGGGUCUGCAACUUUAGAUAUAUGGAGGAAGCAUGGGUUUCUUUACAAAGCAGUUGAAAUGAACACAGAUUCUCUUGUUAUAACUACAUUUGGGAAGGGAGAUUUCCUCAGGAACUUUGAAGCAGUGUACUCCUCUCUUGAACCUGAAGUUAGAGAAAAUAAAACAUGGACUUACCAAGAUCUUAUUGAUUCAGUGUAACCUUUGUGCAUCAGAGAUGCUGUUUUUGUCAGAGAACUGAUUAAAGGACAGACACAUGUAGAGAAUGCUUGAAAGUACCUUAUGGACUUGAUUAAUUGAAUGGCUUUUUUUUCCCGUCUUUGUCAUCAUAUGGAGGAGAAAUUGAGGCCGAAUUUAAUUUUGUCUCAUCUAUUUGUUGUAUUGAUUUUAAUCGUGGCUUAUGUCAACAAUAGCUGACACUUUUGAUGUGUAGCGAGUGAAAUUCAAGUCUGUUGGAGGUACGACUGCAGCAGGUUUAAACUCCAUACCUGUAACAUUGAAAACCAUAUACAUUACCGGAAGCAGAAUUGGGCGUAUGUCAUUAAAAAGCCCACAAUAUACAGCUUUGUUCUGCCUUGAUUGCAUACUUGAUAUCCUCUUACUAUUUUUGUUCAAAGUUAGAAAUUCUGCCAAUUACAUUUUUUGAAAAGUGGUCUGUUGUUGUUGUAGAGAUGAAUUGGUGAGUGACCAAAUUUCUCACUAAAUAUAUUUCUCAUUA